GAGAGCACGAUCAUAUUUUACGGCGGAAUGGUUGAAGUCUCUCACUCUAAACCUAGAGACAUCUACAGGUAUAGCUUACAGAUCGAAGAGAACAAAGAAUAAAUCGCACGUUUUUUCUCAGGAUAGACGUUUGGAGGAAAACAGAGAAAGAAGUAAUCGAGCAAGCAAAACGUUGUUCACAAAACGAGUUCAACAUCGGGUUUUCGAUCUCUGUGUACGAGUGUACAACGGCGGUGCCCAAACAAAUUGAUGGGGCUGUCUGACAUUACACGGUUGACUGCUGCACUGUGGAUCUUCUGCAACAGCGUCUAUGGAAGCAACAAGGAGCCAAACAUGGUUCCCGGUCGAAGCGUGAUCGUGCACUUGUUCGAGUGGAGGUUUGAUGACAUUGCCGAAGAAUGCGAGACAUUCCUUGGACCACACGGCUACGGUGGUGUUCAGACAUCGCCAGUAAACGAGCACGGCAUCGUCUUUGGAGAGCCAGUGAAACGACCAUGGUAUGAGCGGUACCAGCCUGUAAGUUACAAAAUCGGUACUCGGAGCGGCAACGAGACGCAGUUUCGUGACAUGGUUCGUCGCUGCAACGAGGCCGGCGUCAGAGUGUACGUGGACGUAGUCAUCAAUCAUAUGUCUGGUCCUCUGCAAAUAAAGAAGGGAACAGCGGGGAGCAGCUUCAAUUACGACGAGUUUAGUUACCCAGCUGUACCGUAUGGUCCCAAUGAUUUCAACAGGAAGGAAAAAUGCAACAGUGAGUCAGGUACAAUCGAGAUUUACGGAGAUGCACUGCAGGUGCGCAACUGUGAAUCGGUCGGACUUCGGGACUUGGACUAUGGUAAAGAUCACGUUCGAGCCAAGAUUUCUGAGUUCCUAAAUCAACUCAUCAGCUUUGGCGUAGCCGGAUUUCGCGUCGAUGCCGCCAAGCAUAUGUGGCCUGUCGACUUGAAAGUCAUCUACGGAAAGCUUAAUAACCUCAGCACAGAGUUCUUCCCUGCAGGGUUCAAGCCAUUCAUCUACCAGGAGGUGAUCGAUACGGGCCACAACGAACCCAUCACCCACUGGGAGUAUAUACCAAUGGGCAGAGUGAUAGAGUUCCUUUACGGCGCCAAGUUAGACGUGCCCAGGAAAAGACCAAACCAGCUCCUCAAGUACCUUAGAAACUUUGGCGAGGGUUGGGGCUUCCUUCCGAGUGGAGACGCUCUCACUUUCGUGGACAACCAUGAUAACCAGCGGGGUCACGGAGCUAGCGGCGCGGAUCUAUUGACGUUCUUCGAACCCCAACUGUAAAACAUGGCCAUCGCUUUCAUGCUAGCGUGGCCGUACGGACUGCCUGGCGUUAUGAGCAGCUGCCACUGGCCUCGCGACUUCCGCCGUGGUGUUGACCAGAAUGCCUGGUUUGGACCACUGUCCGAUGCUGCAUGGAAUAUACGACACGUAGUUCGACACAGUGACAACACCUGUGGAGGUGGAUGGAUAUGUGAGCACAGGUGGAGACAGAUCUACAACCUCGUCGAGCUGCACAACGUGGCAGGCUUCUCGUCUGUCACUAACUGGUGGGACAACGGCUAUCAUGCAAUCGCGUUCGGUCGCGGAAAUCCUACUUUCGUCGCUCUAAACAACGAGGACUUCCGCUCGGAUGCAGUUCUUCAAACGUCUUUGCCCCCGGGAAGAUACUGCGACGUCAUAUCUGGUAUUAUGACCUCAUUGGGCUGCACAGGAAGGUCAUUCGUUGUGGGACCUGACGGCAAGCUCAACAUUACCGUGGACCAUUCUUGGGAGGAUCCUGUGAUUGCGUUGCACGUUCAAGCAAAACUACCGAGUGCCUAACAGACACAACGUUCCGUCAUACAGCAGGUAAUAUGGAGGGAAAUGCCAACUAAAACAAUCACACCAAAUCAACAAAGUCAAGUGACUAUCCGCUAUCGGAAGCCCCGGAUGCCUGGGCUCAAUUGUGGAACGCGUCCAAGGGGCCCACAAUGCGACAGUCGGGCUUGACCUGGCUGUCCCAAGGCGAGAGCAGCCUGCUGCGCACUGAGCAGUGCACCUCAGGACUACCAAUAAAGUUUCGCAUCAAUACGUC